CAAAUCCGAAUGCCCAACUUUCCGAAGUUCAAGUCGGGGUGUCUAGUUAAAAAAAAAAAAAGAAAAAAGUCGGGGUUUCUACGUUUUGAUUUUGACCCCCCCACCCCCCCGCGCGCCCCAUUCCCAAACGAAUACUCCAUAAUAGGCUGCUGCUUAUUCUCUGUGGAGUCUGCUCAGUGCUCUCUUAAACCUCAGCGCACAGUCUGCUUUUUCAUGUUUCCAAGAUGAUGCAGCGGGUUCCAACCCCGAGUCCGGGCUUACCCACCCAGUCAAUCUCGGAGAUGGAGCAGGUGCAGCAGCAACAGAGACCUUCCUCCUCCUCCUCUUCUCGUGCUCACCAUUUCUAUCCGGCCCGGCCCGCUGUAGUCGACCUCUUCAAUCUCUACCUAGGCAGGAGUGCGCGGCAGAAAUCAGAUGAAUCAGUCAGAGAACCCCCGAAUAAGACACAGAAGCGGGUUACUGCUAUUAACAGAGAGCUUCCUCCCCCUAAUGAACAGUUUAUCUUUGACUUUGAGCAGAUACAGAGCCAAUUUCCUGACCAGGAGCAACUACGUGCUGUAACAGAAUCUGUCCUGAUAUCUCUGGUUAUCCAAUGCUGUGAUCAUGCUCCCAGGGCAGAGUUCUUGCUCUUUGCAUUACGUAGCUUGUCAAAUAUAGGGUACAUAAACUGGGAUGCUUUCUUGCCAUCUCUUCUUUCUUCUGUCUCUUCUGCAGAGAGCCCUGUUGGUCAGGGGAGUCAAACAGUGGCUGCCCUUGCUUCUGCCACCUCAUCACAAUCGGGAGUCUUGCCGCCUUCAAAUGCAGUUCCUAAUUCCACUAAUUUUCAGUCGUCAAAUCCUGCUUCACCUUUGCCGUCGAUUCAUGGUAUUGGAUCCCCUGCACAAUCAGCAGCCGAGCCAUCAUCUUGUGCCACAUUGUCUCCAAUGAAGUCAAAUGAUGUCAUCUGCACUGGUCAACAGUCAGCGAGGGUCAAUGUAUCUGUUAGGGAAAAUGCUAUAAGCAGUUUACGCCGACUAUCGUGCAAAAUAAUUUUGAUAGGCCUUGACUCUAAUCUAAAGCCAGUUACAUGUGCAGAUAUCUUUAACCACAUGUUGAAUUGGCUUGUUAAUUGGGAUCAGAAACAGCAAGGGCUUGAUGAGUUUGAUAGUGCAAAAUUCUGGAAGCCUGACAAGGCCUUAAUUGAAUGGCUACACAAUUGUUUAGAUGUGAUUUGGCUGUUGGUUGAGGAUAACAAAUGCCGUGUGCCCUUUUAUGAACUAAUACGCAGUGGUUUGCAGUUUAUUGAGAACAUACCAGAUGAUGAGGCGCUGUUUACCCUUAUUCUGGAAAUUCACAGGAGGAGAGAUAUGAUGGCAACACACAUGCAAAUGUUAGACCAACAUCUUCACUGCCCUACAUUUGGAACUCCUCGACUUUUACCUCAGGCCACUACCAACAUAUCUGGGGAAACAGUGACUAACAUGAGAUACUCACCUAUCACAUAUCCAAGUGUGCUUGGCGAACCUUUGCAUGGAGAGGAGCUUGCAUCAUCCAUUCAGAGAGGAAGUCUUGACUGGGAGAGAGCUCUGCGAUGUUUGAGGCAUGCUUUCCGUAACACUCCAUCUCCUGACUGGUGGAGACGUGUUUUGCUUUUGGCACCCUGCCAUAGGCUUCAUGCACAAGGACCUACACCAGGUGCUGUUUUUACGUCUGAGAUGAUUAGCGAGGCAGCAAUAGAUAGGAUUGUGGAAUUACUGAAGUUGACAAACUCAGAAACAAAUUGCUGGCAGGAAUGGCUUAUAUUUUCAGACGUCUUCUUUUUCCUCAUGAAACAUGGAUGCAUUGAUUUUGUUGAUUUUGUUGACAAGCUAGUUUCUCGACUUCAAGAUGGCGAUCAACACAUUCUCAGGACAAAUCAUGUUACAUGGUUGCUUGCACAAAUUAUCCGUGUUGAGCUUGUAAUGAAUGCUCUAAAUACAGACUCAAGAAAGGUGGAGACCACCAGAAAGAUUCUUUCAUUCCAUAAAGAAGACAGAAGCUCUGAUCCUAAUAACCCUCAAAGUAUCUUGUUGGACUUCAUUAGCAGCUGUCAGAAUCUGCGUAUUUGGUCAUUAAAUACAUCAACCAGAGAAUAUUUGAAUAAUGAGCAGCUUCAAAAGGGAAAGCAAAUAGAUGAAUGGUGGAGGCAAGUUAGCAAAGUAUCAGGUGAACGUAUUAUGGACUAUAUGAAUAUGGAUGAAAGGUCAAUUGGGAUGUUUUGGGUUGUGUCGUACACCAUGGCACAGCCUGCUUGUGAAACAGUCAUGAACUGGUUAACCUCUGCUGGAGUAACAGAGAUAUUACCAGGACCAAAUCUACAGCCAAAUGAGAGAUUGAUGGUGAUGCAGGAAGUUAGCCCGUUGCCAAUAUCAUUAUUGUCUGGGUUUUCUAUAAAUUUAUGCUUGAAACUGGCGAAUCAGAUGGAAGAGUCGAUGUUUUCUGGACAGGUUGUACCUAGCAUUGCGAUGGUUGAAACAUAUGUCCGAGUGCUACUCAUUGCCCCUCAUGCAUUAUUCCGUUCACUUAUGGCGCUACUGACCCAGAGGAACCAAAAUGCAUUGAGCAAACCUGCUGCUUCUAUCUUGGUCUUUGAAAUUCUCAACUAUCGUUUGCUUUCACUUUACAGGUACCAAGGAAAGAACAAAGGCUUAAUUCAUGAUGUCACGAAAAUGCUUGCUACACUGAAGGGGAAACGUGGAGAUCAUCGCGCUUUUAGGCUGGCUGAAAAUUUAUGCAUGAAUCUUAUAUUAUCCAUGAGGGAAUUCUUUUAUGUGAAGAGGGACGGAAAGGGUCCAACUGACUUUACAGAAACUUUAAAUCGGAUAACAGUAACUACACUUGCGAUCAUUAUAAAAACUCGUGGUGUUGCAGAGGUCGAACACCUGUUGUACCUCCAAACAAUGUUGGAACAGAUACUCGCCACCAGUCAACAUGCAUGGUCAGAGAAGACCCUUCGCUAUUUCCCUUCCAUAUUACGUGAUGCCUUGGCUGGUCGAAUGGAUAAGAGGGGCUUGGCCAUUCAAGCAUGGCAGCAGGCAGAAACAACUGUGCUUAAUCAGUGCAAGCAGCUUCUUGCGACAUCCGCUGAUCCGACAUAUGUCAUGACCUACAUUAAUCACAGUUUUCCUCAACAUCGCCAGUAUCUUUGUGCUGGUGCAUGGAUACUGAUGUACGGCCAUCCUGAGAGCAUUAACAGUUUGCAUCUUGGUCGCGUCCUGAGAGAAUUUUCCCCUGAAGAAGUUACUGCCAAUAUUUAUACAAUGGUGGAUGUCCUAUUGCAUCACUUUAACUUAGAGCUGCAGCGUGGACGUUCCUUGCAGGAUCUUAUGAUAAAAGCAUGUGCGAACCUUGCCUUCUUCAUUUGGACCCAUGAGCUACUGCCUCUAGAUAUUUUACUAUUAGCACUUAUCGACCGUGAUGAUGAUCCCCAUGCUUUGCGAAUUGUGAUAAAUAUACUCGACAGCAAAGAGCUUCAACAAAGAGUGAAACUGUAUCUUAUGAAUCGUGGCCCACCUGAACAUUGGCUUUUCUCUGGAACUUUCAAGCGUGCUGAAUUGCAAAAAGCCCUUGGAAAUCAUCUAUCGUGGAAAGAUAGGUACCCAACAUUUUUUGAUGAUAUUGCUGCGAGAUUGCUCCCAGUGAUCCCUCUAAUCAUCUAUAGACUCAUCGAGAAUGAUGCAAUUGAUGCUGCUGACAGAGUUCUACAAGUUUACUCGACAUUCCUUCAUUAUUAUCCAUUGAAUUUUACAUUUGUGCGUGAUAUCCUUGCCUAUUUCUAUGGUCAUCUGCCAGGGAAACUUAUUCUUCGGAUAUUGAAUGUAUUAGAUGUUAAAAAGAUUCCAAUUUCUGAGUCUUUCCCUCAGCAUAUCAACUCAUCUAGUGCUUCCAUUUGUCCCCCGCUCGACUACUUUGCAACUCUUUUGUUGGGUCUGGUUAAUCAUGUGAUUCCUCCUCUGAACAACUCUUCUAAAAAUGGACAAGUGGGAGAAACCUCAAACAGUUCUGUGCGAGCGCCCCAUAACAAGGCUCAAGUAACAUCACAGGCAAGUGCGAUAGCUCCUGAAGGUCAGAAACCAUUCUACCAAAUCCAGGAUCCUGGCACAUAUACCCAGCUGAUCCUUGAAACAGCUGUGAUAGAAAUUCUCUCUCUUCCAGUGUCUGCAUCUCAAAUUGUAUCGUCACUUGUUCAAAUUGUUGUUCACAUACAACCAACUCUGGUUCAAUCUAGCACCGGUUUAAAUCCCACAGGUGUUGGCCAAAGUUCUGUGUUGCCAACUUCUCCAUCUGGGGGAAGCACUGAAUCCUUGGGUGCAACUAGAACUAGUUCAGUGUCAGGAUUAAGUAAUUCGAACUUUGUUUGGCGAAGUGGUUAUACAUGUCAGCAGUUAUCCUGCUUGUUGAUCCAAGCUUGUGGUCUUCUUUUAGCUCAGCUUCCUCAAGAGUUUCAUAUUCAACUCUACAUGGAGGCAGCACGUGUAAUAAAAGAGAGUUGGUGGCUUACUGAUGGGAAAAGGUCAGUUGGUGAACUAGAAUCCGCUGUUUGCUAUGCUUUGUUAGAUCCAACAUGGGCUGCCCAGGACAAUACCUCUACAGCUAUUGGUAAUGUGGUGGCGUUGCUACAUGCUUUCUUCAGUAACCUUCCACUAGAGUGGCUUGAGGGAACACAUCUCAUUAUUAAGCAUCUUAAGCCUGUGACAUCAAUAGCUGGACUGAGAAUAGCUUUCCGUAUUAUGGGUCCUUUGCUUCCUCGAUUGGCGAACGCUCACACCCUCUUCAGUAAGAUACUAUCAGUGCUAUUAAACGUGAUGGCUGAUGUGUUUGGGAGGAAUUCGCAGCCAUCAGCUCCUAUUGAAGCGUCCGAGAUAGCUGACAUUAUUGAUUUCCUGCAUCACAUUGUCCAUUAUGAAGGGCAAGGAGGACCAGUGCAAGCAAGCAGCAAACCAAGAGCAGAAGUCCUGGCUCUUAUUGGAAGAGCAGCUGAAAGUUUGCGUCCGGAUGUACAGCAUCUUCUGACUCACUUGAAAGCUGAUGUGAACUGUUCAAUAUAUGCGGCGACUCAUCCAAAGUUUGUCCAGAACACCAAUUAGCCUGAUCCAACCCAGCUCUUUUGUGUAUUAUGUUUAAGGUUGAUAAUUACAAGAAAUGAGAUGGAGUGAUCAUUUCCAGCUUCUGGAUGAUAGUUGGUGCAGGACAAUAACACGAAGCUGAUGGAAAAAUUCCGUGAUGAACGGUUAAAGUAAACCUUGUGGUGCUUUUCGGCUUUUGGUUUCUAAAACAAGGUUACCUUAUGCGUCGAGGGCAGGUAAUGUAGAUGCUUGGGAAACUUUACUUUCCAUUGAAAGUAUGGGAGCUAUGGUAAGUAAUUCCUACCUAUGGACAUAGAUGCAUAUGUGUGGAUGAUGGACUGUUUUCAAGAGCCUGGUGCAAAAAUUUCAGUUUUGUAUGUUAAUGUUGACCUAAACCUCUAUCUAGAUCCGGCUUCCAAAAGAGUCUGCAAAGGGAAAAACAAUGAUUGAAUAGUUUCUAUAA